AUGCAAAACAAUCCCCGGUUCUCUGUCACGUCGCUCUCAUCUGGAGGGCGUAAUUCGCCGACGACGAGCACGACCCGAUUUUCGCUCCCGGCGCCGUCCAUCACGACGACAAGCACGCCGAAGCCAGCAGGCGCGCGGCCAAACAUCUACGACCGCAAUCUCAACAAAACCCGCACGGCAGAGGUGUCCGCGUCCGCUUUCGCCUUUCUGUUCUCGGAGGUUGUCCAGUACACGCAAAAGCGAGUCGCUGGGAUCAACGACCUCGAGCGGAGGCUCAACACGCUCGGAUACAGAUGCGGAAUGCGCAUCUUGGAGCUCAACGUCUGGCGAAACGAGAGCGCGUCGAAGGCGCCCAAGCGGGAGAUCCGGUUCCUCCCCGCGCUCAUGUUCAUACAUACGCAGACGUGGAAAGCCGUCUUCGGAAAGCCGGCGGAUGCGCUCGAGAAGAGCAUGGAGAACGACGACGAAUACAUGAUCAUCGACAACGACCCGCCGAUAACGCGCAACAUCUCCGUCCCUCGAGACAUGAGCACCCUCAGCUGCUCUUCCUUCACCGCCGGCAUCGUCGAAGCCGUCUUGGACGGACUUGGCUUCCCUGCCCGCGUCACCGCCCAUAAUACGCCGAUAGCCAACUUUCCGCGACGAACGACGAUUUUGAUCAAGCUGGAAAAGUCCGUGUUGGAUCGAGAGGAGGUGCUGAAGUAG